UGAUCGAACGGGUAUGUAUCUGCCAUUUUGCGAUCGGUAAACGAGCGUGUAUUUCAUUCAAGAUUCAUUCCGCGAACGAGACUGAAUCGGAUGUUAUACGAUUGCUCAAGGAACGUUUCGUUUAAUGAUCGAUCGAUGACCUGCCAAACAGUUUUCGCACGGUCCAUUCGUAACCUUCCAGGGAAACAGAGAAUCCACGUUCAACACCGUGUUUCGUGGAACAGCUUUUUUUCUACUUUACCAUCACAACCAGAGUGACUCACAAUUGUACGGUAAUGACAUUUAUGUCACACGCGGCAUUCGCUACGUUUCACCUGCUAGCGCUUCUUCAAGGUCCUCCGUAUUUAUAUGCAUCUUAAGGCGAACUUCAUCUUAAUGCGCCCACACGUCGUCAUCGUUAGUCGUUUUAUUCAACAUUUUUAGACGAUAAUAGACCACAGGAUUUUGCUCGGUCCAAAACGGUGAAGCUGUGUUUACGCUGUCCCGUUUCUCGCUUGCUUCGUCGCGUGUUUCUCUCCCAACGAUACAUGAUGUCAUUGUAUCAGUAGAAAUAUAGAACAAUUUGUAGUUGUAAUUAAUUCUCAAAAACAUUUGCUAAGGAAUUGAAUAGACUCGGAAGCAUUAGUCAAUAUGAUGGACAUUGAUCCCCCGGAGUUUGUGUCCAAAGAUGAUGAAAUUCAAUAUUGGAUGGAUCUUGCUCAUCAAAUACAUAGAAGGAAAGAAGAUAUAGAAAGAGAGCUAGAGGAAUUUCAAGAAAAUUCACAAUUAUUAGAAAAGGAAUUAGAAGCUUCAUUAGAACAGGCAGAAAAAACUAACAGAGAAUUAAGGCAACGAAAUACAAGACUAGCCACAGAAGUGGAACAAUUAAGAACAAGAUUAGACCAACAAUCUGCGGAUUGUAUAAUGUUUCAAGGAAAGGCUCAAGAUUUACAGACUCAACAUGACCAUUUACUGAAGUAUAUUAGAGAAUUAGAACAGAAAAAUGAUGAUCUGGAAAGAGCUCACAGGAUAAAUAGGGUAACAGAAGAAGAAAUAGAAGCAAAACUUAAUUCUGCCAUUGAAAAAAAUGCUCUGUUGGAAUCAGAACUUGACGAAAAAGAGGCUCUAAAAGUUAUAGUACAGAGAUUAAUGGAUGAAAUUAGAGACCUAAAGCAAGAAAUUCAAGUUCAAGAAAGACAUCAACCAGACAAUGAUAAAUCAGCUGACAGAGUUCGUAAUCACGUCGAUAGCAAUAAACUACAGGUUGAAUUGGAAACGCAUAUACCUCCUAGUGGUCCAAUAGUACCACAAUCCAUACCUCCGAGUAAUACAGCAACUUCACCAUUAAAAAUUGGAAACAGAGUUGUAGGGGGUGUAACUGGGAACAACAAUAACAAUAAUAAUGUGAAUCCACCAUUGGCACCAUGUACAAGAAUAUUAGCAAUGAACAUGAUUGGCGACCUUAUGAGAAAAGUUGGUGCAUUGGAGAAUAAGUUAAAUACAUGCCAAAACCCUUCACGAGAGGAUCAAACCGUCCGCGACCUCUACAGUGAACUGAUAAUGAACUGGAAUUUCCGAUAAAACUGAAAUACAAGUAGUAGCAGAAUUUACAUAAUAUUUGUAACAUAAAUUUGUAAAAUUAAACUAAAAUAUUUGUAAAAUAAAGUUACUGUAAACAGCUUUUCAAUUCAUAAAAUUGAAGUUCUUUAAACCUAUCACACUUAUAAAAUAACUGUUACCGUCUAUUAAACAGAAACAGGUAAGUCAAUGUUUUCAAAUUUUAUUUAUGAAACGUUUAUCUUUACACGAACAGUGAGUACUUAUCUGAUUGAAUUACCUUAUGUGAUUUUAGUACAACCAGAAUUCUAGUACAAUAAACACUACAUUGGAUUCCUAUAAAGAAACUGUCUUAUGUUCUAAUGUAUAUUUCUUUUUCUAUGUACUGUAUCAAUAAUGACGAUGAUGUAUGUAUUGUAAUAAUGAUAUACGUAUAUCAUAGAAUUAUAAUGAGAAAUUGCGGUUGCUUUUUAAUCCUAAAAGUACUUUUAGAAGAAUUAACAAUUUGUUUUGUCUU